GUUGGUCAGUCCAAGUCGGGCACGAAAGACGAGUUUUGUCCGCCAUGAGCAGGGCUCCUGUAUCUUCGACUUUGAAGUUGCUGAUCAUUGUCACCUCUACGUCGUGGAUAUGUUUCAGUCCACCGCAACCAAUUGGCUCGUUCAGUUUGCAAUUUUCCAGCUCCUAACGAAACCACACCAAAUCGAACCUACCGAAUCCUUUCGAGUAAACCAUGGACCCGCUUUCAUACAGCUACAAGGUCGAAGAGGACUACACCGCCAUCCAGUCUCCUCGACAGAUUGGGCUUGAUGCUCCAGCCAUCCGACCGUAUCAACUGAAAUCCCCACUCCUUCGAGAAUGCCUCGCUGAAUUUCUAGGAACAUUCAUCCUAGUUUUAUUCGGGGACGGAGCUGUCGCGCAAGUCACACUCAGUGAAAAAAGCAAGGGUAACUACACCACACUUUGCCUAGGAUGGGGAAUCGGCAUCCUAUUCGGCAUCCACGUCUCCGGAGGUGUGUCUGGAGCGCAUAUCAAUCCCGCCAUCACCACUACACUUGCACUCUUCAAACGCUUUCAAUGGCGCAAGGUCGUCCCGUACAUCGUGGCGCAGACGCUCGGUGCCUUCGUAGCCGCCUUCCUCAUCUGGGCCGUCUACAAACCUCUCUUUGACGUUGUUGACCCAGAAAAAGCUACCACUCAGGGGAUCUUCGCAACGUAUCCUUACAGCAGCGACGUAUCGGUGGGCACGUGUUUCUUGACGGAGGUGGUGGGCACUGCUCUGCUAUUGUGCGGUCUUUUUGCUAUUGGCGACGAGCUGAACAAACCCGCCAACCCGUACUCGCAACCUAGUGCGGUAGCGUUGCUCGUGGUGGGUAUCGGCAUGGCGUUCGGUAUGAAUACGGGUUUCGCUUUGAACCCUGCGCGCGAUUUUGGCCCUCGGUUGUUCACGUUGUGUGCUGGUUGGGGCUCCCAGGUGUUUACUCUGAGGAAUGCUUACUUCUGGGUCCCGAUCGUGGCUCCGUUGUUGGGUGGUGCGAUUGGCGCGGGUGUCUACGUUGGUUUAGUGGAGCACCACCAUCCUCGCGAGUACUCGCAGCAGCAGGAGGGUCAGUUUCCGGAUCUGACGGAGCGCGUGGAUUUGAUGAGUACCUCGUCGUACAAGCUGUAGAUAGUUUUUGGAUGUCAGUAGGCAAGGCAAGAAAUAGCCAUAGUGUCCUUCACAGACUCACAUGUCAAUACAAAUAGAGCACCAAACUUAGCCGAGUU